AACAAAUUGUAAUCCUUCACACCGCGCGAUCACAACAUAAUCGAACGUAGCUAGCUCGAGAAGCAGCGAAAUGACUCAGACGAAAACAGGCAGUCACGCCUUACGCACGCCUGAGGUAACACAUCACUUAUUCUUUUUCCCUUCGAUCAUCAAUGAAAAUGAAUUACCCAUGAUCGAACUGAAAUUUCUUUGAUGAUGCUCUUGUAAGAAUUCAAUGAAUCGAAAUAGAUUUCGUUUUCCUUCUCCAGGAUCUGUAGUUAGGAUUAUCUGAUGAAUGUUUAUCUGUAGUCGAGUCGCUUACCCAAAUAGAAAAAGAAACUUCUGGUAACCUCAAGCAAAUGUUUUGCAGGAACUAGAGUAGAGGUGUAGAUCUAGAUAGUUCUAAAAGCGGGAUAUAGAAAUUGAUAUUUAGUUUGCGCUGAAAAAAUUCUUGUUCUAUGUGGAGAAGGAGAUCAUAAUCGUUUUCAACAACGGUGGAGCAACGACUACACUUACCCACAUGACAAACCUAGACAUAGACGAGUACGCGUAGGUAGUACUAGUAAGAAACUUGUUAGUCUUAGCGGAUGUGGGUUCUUUUUUCCACAACUAACGAAGUUCAAUGAUCCAUUACCGUAGAUGUUUGAGUUUUCAUUUUCGUGGUACAAGAAGUAGUGGUCACCUUAUCUGAAGGUAGUUGGUAGGUGGUGCACGCGCAUCUUCAUUCAGAUAGUUUUCUCUAAGUAGUGGUUUCUUUCAAGAGUUAUUUCUUCUCAAGAAAGACACUAGCCUCCACAAGCUUCGCCCGGCUUCAAGUUAGUUUAGCACUUUCCUGCGGCCUCCCACGGGCUACAGCCGCUAGAGUAGAGACAGCCCGCGGGUGAGCUGUUGCACCUUACGAAUUGACUACGACAAGAGCCGAGUGCCGGCGGUGGCCGACUCAGAUGCGUCGACUCAUGUGCAGGGCAUUGCGCUGCCUUCGGUUUUUUUUUGAGAUUGCCGGGCGGGUCAUGCAAAUUCUUAAGAAUUUGCAAGACCCCCACGGCAGUCCAACAAAAAAACCAGAAGAGAGCCACCAGACACGCACAAGAAUCCGCAAGCCCCAACGCACGCAAGCGCCUCGCGGUGGCGCCAGGCAAGAACGAGGGGCGACCUUGAUGGGCCAAACAAGACAAAGCAACGCAGGGCCGCGCUGCUUGGGUCUCUCUACGCGCUUACACCUGGCGGGGCUUCUUUGUUUCGUCAGAUGUCUCUCGUCAGAAACAGGCGGGCGCACUUCGCGGGGUCGUGCGGCGUCGCGCUUCGGGCUGUGGCUGAAGCCUCUCGGCUGGCUGACGUCUUUCACCAAGCUGGAGACUAAGGCCCUCCAUCAGGCUGAUGCCGUUCGUCAGCCCAACGCUCUGCGCCAGGCUGGCGGCGUUCGUCGGGCAGGCCGGCGCCCCUCGGCAGGCGUCUUGGGUCAGGCUGAGGCUUUUCGUCAGGGUCGGGCGACGUCUCUCGUCAGGCUGAAGCGCUUCGCCUGGCUGACAUUCCUCGCCGGGCCGAGACUCACGCCUUUGGUCAGGUUGAUGGCUUGCUUCAGCUCGGCGCCGUUCGUCAGGCUGAUGCACUCGCCAGCCAGGUGAGGCCUCUCGCCAGGCCGGCGCAAUGCUUCGCCAGGCGUCUGCCUUGCGUCGGAGGGAACAGGCUGAGCGGGGCCUUUCUUCGGGCUGCGGAUGUCUUUCCUUCGUAAGAUUGACCCCGUUCUUUCGUCGGACUGACGUGCUUCGCCAGAUUGACCGCGUUCGCCGGACUGACGUCCUUCGCGAAAGGUCUUCGCUAUCUUCAAGGGCCUCGCGCCACAGGGAGGCCUCGCGUCAGUUUUUCUGGCGGAGGUCGUUCGUCAGAUGUCUGCUGUCGCGGGUCUCACUCUUGUCGUGUCGGAGGUCUUGGGCCCAAAGGUCGUCUUUGGUCCACGCACAGGUCGCCGGUGGUCCACAGGUCGCCUGUGGCCCAAAGGUCGUCUUCGGUCCAAAGGUCGGCUUUGGUCCAGAGGUCGUCUGUGGUCCAGAGGUCGCUUUUGGUCCAGCGGCCGUCUUUGGUCCAAAGGUCGCCUUACUUUGGUCCAAAGGUCGCCCUACUUUGGUCCAAAGGUCGCCCUACUUUGGUCCAGAGGUCGAAGGGUCGCCUUACUUUGGUCCAAAAGUCGCCCUACUUUGGUCCAGAGGUCGGCGCACUUUGGUCCAAAGGUCGGCUUACUUUGGUCCAAAGGUCGGCUUACUUUGGUCCAAAGGUCGCCUUACUUUGGUCCAAAGGUCGCCUUACUUUGGUCCAAAGGUCGCCCUACUUUGGUCCAGAGGUCGCCGGGUCGCCUUACUUUGGUCCAAAAGUCGCCCUACUUUGGUCCAGAGGUCGGCGCACUUUGGUCCAAAGGUCGGCUUACUUUGGUCCAAAGGUCGGCUUACUUUGGUCCAAAGGUCGCCUUACUUUGGUCCAAAGGUCGCCUUACUUUGGUCCAAAGGUCGCCCUACUUUGGUCCAGAGGUCGCCGCACUUUGGUCCAGAGGUCGCCUGUGGUCCCGCGGUCGUCUUCGGUCCCAAGGUCGUCUUUGGUUUCAAGGUCGUCUUUGGUCCCAGUGUCGUCUUAAGUCCCAAGGUCUCCUGUGGUCCAGAGGUCGCCUGUGGUCCAAAGGUCGCCCCUGGGUCAAAGAUCGCCUUUGGGCCAAAGAUCGUCUUUGGGUCAAAGAUCGCCUGUGCUCCAAAGGUCGUCUUUGGUCCAAAGGUCGCCUUUAGUCCGAAGAUCGCCCUUGGUCCAACGGUCGCCCUUCGUCCAAAGCUCGUCUUUGGUCCAAAGAUCGGCUUUGGUCCAUGUGUCUUUGGUCCAAGGUCUUUGCCCUUUCGGUGGGCGGUCUUUCGUUGGCUGUCUCUCUUUGGACUUUUCUCCCCAGCUUGCGCCCCCACCCCCGUCGGCCAUUUUUCUGCCUUCUUUUCUGGUGGUCUGCCACGGGGCCGCAACGUAAAUCCCAACAAGGAAACGGCCGGAGGCUAUCAGGCUUGAGAAUGAGGGGAAAGGGCAGGAGGCUAUGGGCAAUAGCUUCGCGAAAGAAGGCGACUAAUCUCCGGUGGGUUAGGCGGGGAGUUUUAUGGCGGCGAUCAAUAAUAUAGAUUAAUAAUAUAGAUUUUUUUUUUUGUUAUGUUUUUUAUCUAUCAACUUAUAAUAAUUGUCCAUUAUUUUACUCGGCCAACAGGUGGAAAUUUCUCCUGCAACGCUGUGGGAAAAAAUGAGUGGUGAAACGCCCGCCGCCAAGGCGGUCGACCGAUCCCGAACGACGAUCGAUGACGACGAGAGUUUUCAAGAGGGGUCUUUACCAGAGACACCGGGAC